AUGAUGAUGAUGUUGAUGAUGAUGAGAAGGAUGAUGGUGAUGAGGAUGGCUCCACGAACCUUGCUUUGCGCCCUGCUCUGCGCCCUGCACCAGGGUUCGUGCAGGCAACAGACGUUUCGCGUGCGACCCGAAAACAGCUCGGUGCCGGAGGGCACGACGGCGACCCUGCGCUGCGAGGUGCAGGCCGCGUCCGGGGCCGUGCAGUGGGUCAAGGACGGCCUCCUGCUGGGCCCGCAGCGAGACAUGCCGGGCUUCCCGAGAUACGCCAUGAUGGGGGCGCAGGCCAGCGGGCAGUUUAACCUCCAGAUCGAGAGCGUGGAGCUGGAGGAUGAUGGUUGGUUCCAGUGCCAGGCGGGGCGAUCCCCUUCCAGCCAUCCCAUCGCCUCGCCUAACCGCGUGGCUCAGCGUGCUGAUCCCACCCCAGCGUCCCGUGAUCUCGGACCACGUGGGGAGCGACUCCGUGACCUGGGUUGCUGGGGUCGAGGUCACGCUCACCUGCACGGCCACAGAUGCCAAGCCACGUGCACAGGUGCAGUGGAUGAGAGGGGCGGAAUCCCUGCCCGGUGUGGAGGUCUCCGUGUCCGAGGGGUCACAGCCCAAGCUCUUCGACUCGGUCGCCAUCCUCCGGUUCGUGCCCAAGGCGACGGACAACGGAGUGUCCUUCUCCUGCUCGGCGAUCAACACGGCUCUGGACGCACCCCGCGUCACCUCGCUACGUGCCAACGUGCACUUCCCCCCGAGCCCGCCCUGGGUGGAGGGGUUGGAGGGUCGCCCGCUGAGGGAGGGCGACGGUCUGAACCUGCGUGGAGCAAGGUGA